AUGAAGCUGGCCGUGGACGAGAUGUUUCAGGGCGCCGGGCCCUACGUGGACCUGGACGAGGCGGGAGGCAGCACCAGGUUCUUGAUGGACUUGGCAACUAAUGAAAAGGCUGUUCAUGUAGACUUUUUAAAUGGUUUUGAAGAUCUCUUUGAUGAUGAUGACAUCUAGUGAGAUGCCGUCUGGCUGCAGGCGGGUCCAAGCCCUUGGUACA